CUAUAAGCAAACAAGAGAAGUAUUUAAUCAUCUGGAAAAAAAAAUAGCACAGGCGAUUAUGAAGCCUUCUUUACAAGGAGAGCUUGAGGUAGAUGUUGAGAUCAAAGCUCCGCCAACAAAAUUCUAUCACAUGCUCACAGCUCCACAAGAUAUGACUAAAGCCACUCCUGACUUCCUCCAGGGAUAUAGUGUGAAAGAGGGAGAUGUGGGCAGCGUUGGCAAUCUCAUCACCUGGAAUUAUGUUCUUGAUGGGAAGCCACAGGUGGUCACUGAGAGGAUCGAGGCAAUGGAUCCAAAGAAUAAUAUGAUACAGUUUAGAGAGAUAGAGGGAGAUCUGAUGAAAGAAUUAACGAGCUUACUGUUCACGAUCCAUGUGAACCCAAAGCAAGGAGGAUCUGGAGGUGUGGUGAAAUGGCACAUGGCAUACGAGAGGAUUAACGAAAACGUGGCUCAUCCGGAGAAUCUGCUCCAAAUGUGUGUCAAAAUGUCCAAAGACAUGGACGAAAUGCUUUUGUCUAUGGAAUAG